UUUAAUUGGUUAUUUUGAAGAAUUAAAGGAAAUUGAGAAAAAAGUUAAAAAAAGAAAUAAAAAAGAGAAAGAGGAAAAUGAUGUUUUUACAGAUGAGGAAAUUAAUUUAGGAAAUGAAAUUUUAAAUAAAAUGAAUAAUUUGAUAGAUAAAGCGAUUAAAGAAUUUAAUGAAGGAAUUGAGGAAAAAUAUAAAAUUUUAAAAGAAAAUGCGGAAAAAAUAAUUUUUGGAAAUAAAGAAAAUAAAAAUUAUUUUUAUUUGGAAAUUUUAACUGAAAUUGAUGAAAUUAAAAAUUAUUUUAAAAAUUCUGGUGAUAAUUUUGUUGGUUAUUGUUUAACUAAAAGAAUUGAAAAUUCAUUCAACAAAGAUGGAACUGUGAAAUUUUCUGAUUUUUUGAGUGAUGGUGUUGGGCAUGAAUAUGGAUUGGAAUUGAAAGAAUUUUUGGGGCAAACACGAAUUGAUAUGAAGUAUUCAUAUCAUAAAUAA